AGUAAAGGUGGAUUUUGAUUUCAUAAAGUCGUCGUUGAAAAACAGUAAAAAUGCGGAAGAACAGUGAAGGCUACAGACUAAAGCUGCGUCGUUUUGAACUUUGUAUCUUCACCAACCGCUAAUCAAGCUGUGUGUGGAAAGUUAAAGCGGACUUCAAAAUCUCACCACUUAAAUACAGUUCAAUCCAUGCUUUGAAAUCCCGUCUUCUCUACCCCUACUGUUCCUUUUUUUCACGAGUCUCUCAAUUCAAACGUAAAAACGGUGCCGUAUUUACCCUUGUUGGUGAAAGUGCGAGAUGGCGAUAGGAGCAGAACACAAGUCACAGUCCGAUGGUAGAGUUUGGGGGUUUUUCAAGCUGCCAUUUCGGCAAACCGGGAAUGCUACCGGUACGACGUCAUCUUCUUCCUUGUCGUCGAGUCUAUACGGUGAAACUCAACCUCAGAACGAAGGAUCGAACCGUCAUGCUUCUGCCAAUUCGGUUUCCGCCGUUGCGAAGUCGCUUUUGCCGACUCGGCGUCGCCUGAAACUUGAUCCCGCCAAUAAACUCUAUUUUCCAUAUGAACCUGGCAAACAGGUGAGGAGCGCGGUGAGGAUAAAAAACACUAGCAAGUCAUAUGCAGCUUUCAAGUUUCAAACAACAGCACCAAAGAGUUGUUUCAUGCGCCCUCCGGGUGCGAUCCUUGCCCCCGGUGAGGGCAUCAUAGCAACGGUGUUCAAGUUUGUAGAACCUCCAGAGAACAAUGAAAAACCAAUGGAUCAAAAGCGCAAAGUUAAGUUCAAAAUCAUGAGUCUCAAGGUGAAAGGUCCAAUGGACUAUGUAUCUGAGCUGUUCGAUGAUCUGAAGGAUCAAGUGGCAAUAGAGCAAAUACUACGAGUCGUUUUUCUCGAUCCUGGCCGUCCUUGUCCUGCUCUGGAAAAACUGAAACGCCAAUUAGCUGAUGCCGAUGCUGAACUCGAGGCACGCAAAAAGCCUCCAGAGGAUGCAGGUCCAAAGAUUAUCGGGGAAGGACUCGUCAUAGACGAAUGGAAAGAGCGAAGAGAACGGUACCUUGCUCGGCAACAGGUUGAAGGUGUAGACUCGGUUUAAACCGAGGCUAAGGCCCGUGUGCCUAUCUCAGCGGCUCCGCCCCGUGAUUAAUGUCUGAGCAUCUCCUUAACUGCGUCAGUAAUUUCUGUGCGAGACUCGAUAAGAAAUUUCAUAGUAGCUGAAUUCCCAUACCUUGUUCUAACGUGCAAUGGAGUUUGACACUUGAUAAGAAUUUGUUCAACAAAAUCUAAUCUACAUCUUGAUUUAAAAGAUUAGGCACAGGCAGUAUGUUUGUGGUUUGCCAAGUUAACAUGGAGCACGUUGUCAUGGUUUGUGGUCUUCAGUGGCUCAAGUUAAUAUUGCCAUGAUUAUCAACUUCGUCUUGAUUGUUGUUCUCUUUUUCCUUGUUACCCAAUUUUUUUGAAAAAGUUAAAAUUCAAUAAUUAUAGAGCUAUAA